CAUAUCUGUUAACUGAAAAAGUUAUGAACUGAAAUUCUAGGUGUUUUUCUCUUUGACCAUGCUGCUGUUUCCCAGGUGGGAUAAUGUUUAAUCAUUGUGCAAGGUGCAUGGAAAAAUCCACGAGCGAGUAAGAUAAAGAGUGGUCUGCCUGCAGCUGUACAGUAUAGAAACCCACUGCAUCUGCUCCUGCGGUAUGUAGACUAAUCAGUACAUAAUGAAGUACUUUAUUCUCCUCGCCUUGCUCGCUGCAGCCUAUGCUGCUCCCAUUGAGGAUGACAAGAUUGUUGGCGGCUACGAGUGCAGAAAGAACUCUGUGCAGUACCAGGUCUCUCUGAACUCUGGCUACCACUUCUGUGGAGCCUCCCUGAUCUCCAGCACCUGGGUGCUGUCUGCUGCUCACUGCUACAAGUCCCGCGUGCAGGUGCGUCUGGGUGAGCACAACAUUGCCGUCAAUGAGGGCACUGAGCAGUUCAUCAACUCUGCCAAGGUCAUCCGUCAUCCCAGCUACAACAGCCGCAACCUGGACAAUGACAUCAUGCUGAUCAAGCUGAGCACCCCAGCCUCCCUGAACAGCUACGUCCGCACUGUGUCCCUGCCUUCCAGCUGUGCCGGCUCUGGCACCCGCUGCCUGAUCUCUGGAUGGGGCAACACCAGCAGCUCUGGAAGCAACUACCCUGAUCGUCUGAGGUGCCUGGAUGCCCCCAUCCUGAGCGAUAGCAGCUGCAGGUCCGCCUACCCUGGACAGAUCACCUCCAACAUGUUCUGUGCCGGAUUCCUCGAGGGAGGCAAGGACUCCUGCCAGGGAGACUCUGGAGGCCCCGUGGUGUGCAACGGUCAGCUGCAGGGAGUGGUGUCCUGGGGUUAUGGCUGCGCCGAGAGGAACAAGCCCGGAGUGUACGCCAAGGUCUGCAACUACAACUCCUGGAUUCGCAACACCAUGUCCUCCAACUAAAGUCACUUCACUGCAAGAAACCUUUAUCUCAGGAACUUUGACAUCUGUUUUGAGAAAAAUUAAUGACUGAAUAAUAAACAAAUAUGAAGCUCACUCUCUGUUGUUCCUUGUUAUUUGCUUUUUGAUAAAUAGAAUUAAAGAGAAUCAGCUGGGAGUAAAAGAAGUGAAAUAGGGAUUAACCUUAAAAUGAAUAAAAGAUUAAUGUCAAAUAAAUCUGAAACCCUGCUUAAAUCUCAAUAACCAAUAAAACUGGCACACGAUUAAAUAAUUUUUACCAAAAUCAGAGACAUUGUGAAAUAAAAUGAACAAUUUCUAGAUA